CCUAUUUUAAGCAGCGCAGUUGGCGCACUGGCAAACCAGUGCCCAGCUCCCAGGGGCCCCGCACCACCUCAGUGCCCACUCACACUGCCCGGGCACAGGGCAGAGGGAGCCAUGCCCAGGGAGGCUGCAGAAGACAGCAUGGGAAGGGCUGAGGGUGCUGCGCCAGCAGAGCCCGGGGACCCUGACAGCAGUGAGCCUGGAGCCAUCAGCCUGUGCCCCGUGGAGUCCAUCAGCGACCUGCACUUGGCCUUGGGCGGGCAGAAGGGCACAGAGGGCAACGGCCCAGCUCCCUCCAGCAGCCUGCGCCGGCCUCCACCUCGGCCCGUGUCCCCUGUGCCCCCAGUGCUACUGCCUACCCUGCGCCCCGUGCCCCCUGCCAGCCCCUGCCCCUGCCUCGGCCCUGGCCACCCCCUGCUGCUGGCUCUGCUGGUGCUCCUGGCACUUGCGAGCCUGGUCCUGGCCACGCUGGCCAUCUACCUGAGUGUCCUGCAGAGCCAGUCCGUGCGGGCGCUGGCCCAGUGGCUGGAGAGCCAGGAGGACGCCGUGCACCAGCUGCGGGUAGCCAGCAGGCAGCUCUGGGCUCGCCUCAACGCCAGCACCCAGCCCGGCGGGCACCGCUGAGCUGCUCCCAGCCCCACCACAGGCUCCAGGCCACCACGGGAAGGGGCAGCGAAGGGCAGGAGGGGGCAACGGGCAGCCUUACCCGCUCACACCUGGCAGCAUUGCCUCUUGGGGCACAGGGGCAAUCCCGGCCCCUGCCCCAGGCUGCGAGAGAAAGGGACAGGGCUGUAAGGACCGGCACCCGCCUCUGUGACAGCCCUUCCUCUUAACAAGGCAGAAGGCACCCUCCAAUUAGCCU